AUGAAGGACUUAGGCACUCUGCGCUACUUCUUGGGCAUUGAAGUUGCCUACUCUCCUAGAGGCUAUUUUCUCUCUCAAUCCAAGUAUAUUGCCAGCAUUCUUGAACAAACUCAUCUUUCUGAUACUAUAAUAGCAGAUAGUCCUCUUGAGUUAAAUGUGAAAUAUGCUUCAUCUGAUGGUGUUCCUCUGCCAGAUCCCACCUUAUAUCGUACUUUAGUUGGCAGCCUAGUGUACCUUACGAUUACUAGACCAGAUAUUGCUUAUGCUGUUCAUGUUGUUAGUCAGUUUGUUAUCUCUCCUACUACAGUGCAUUGGGCAGCUGUUCUUCGCAUAUGUCGUUAUCUUCGGGGAACCCAGUUUCAGAGCCUUCUCUUUCCCUCAUCAUCCUCAUUGGAACUUCGUGCUUAUUUUGAUGCGGAUUGGGCUGGUGACCCUACGGAUCGUAAGUCUACCACUGACUUUUGUGUCUUUCUUGGAGAUUCUUUUAUUUCUUGGCAGAGUAAGAAACAAGAUAUUAUCUCUCGUUCUUCUACAGAAGCUGAGUAUCGUGCUAUGGCAUCCACCACUACAGAAAUAGUUUGGUUGCGUUGGUUACUUUCUGAUAUGGGCAUCACUCUUUCUGAACCAACUCAUAUGUAUUGUGAUAACAAAAGUGCAACUCAAAUUGCCCAUAACUCGAUUGAUGAUUUGUUUACGAAGACGUAUUCCAUUAAACGUUUUCGGUUUUUGAUUGACAAACUCUCGAUGCUCUCUGCUAAUGCAUCUUGA